AGUUUGUUUUUUCCCUUAUUGGAAGGUUUCAUGUUGCCACGGUAUUUGUAUGAGCCAAAAUUUGAAGACAAAAGAGAGUUCCCGGAAUAUGAGCUGCUGAAUGUUCGGUUACAGGGCUAUGACUAUGUGCCGUUGGAAAAGUACCAGUCAUUUGUUCAUAAGAUCGCGAAAAGGUUCCACUUCACUGUUGCGGAGAGUGUUGCAGUUUCGGCAAGAAACGAACGAGCUGUAUUGUAUAAUCGAAAUUCGAAAACGGUAAAAUCAGAGAAUAAUUUAUCCAUUUAUGAUCGACAGUUUAAAAUUGCUGCUGUAGCAGCAGUUCGUUUACCGUUGUUUAUGAAAUUACUACAGGUUAGCGGUGCACAUUUACCCUGUGGUGUAAAGUUGACGAUAAAAAAACAUGAAAAAGCUGAUGAGGAGUAUCGUUAUAUUCCGGAUUUGUUGUUGAAACAGAAACAAGAUGAAUUGAGAAGUCUUGAUGAUCCGUUGGUGAGGAAAGCAUUAGGUUGGGAAUAG